AUGGUUGAUCCACAAGGACAAGCCCUAAGGUGGAUCAAGAGUAGGGAAAGUGAUCGAGUCGCCAAGGCACCAGGACAGUGUGUAUCGACUCUGUCGAAUCCGAGACUGAAGGACCAACUGGAGUUCACAAUGGGUGAAGGACUGUGUCUGAUCCUCGAGAAUGUUGAAGAGGAAAUCGAUCCCAUUCUCGAUCCUGUCCUGGAGAAGGCUAUCGUGAAAAAGGGCAAGAAUCUAUACAUAAACGUCUCGGACCAGAACAUGGACUACAACCCAGCCUUUGUCCUCUAUAUGACUUCACGUCUACCAAACCCGCACUUCUCGCCAGAGCUGUCUGCCAAGUGUACGGUCAUUGACUUCACGGUCACACUGAAAGGCUUGGAACAGCAGCUCCUUGGAAGAGUACUUGGCAUGGAACAGAAGAGCCUUGAAGAUAGUCUUGCGGCUCUUAUGGAAGAAGUGACAAAUAAUACGAAGUCGUUACAGUUGUUGGACAAGCAACUGUUGGAGCGUCUAUCGAACUCGAGUGGCAAUCUAUUGGACGAUAUUGAGCUCAUCGAAGUGCUUGCCAAUACGAAGGCCAAGGCCAAGGAGGUUGAGCAGAAGCUUAUGGAUGCCGAGGAAAAGAAGAUUGAGAUCAACCAAAAGCGAGAACAGUACCGGUCAGUAGCGACACGUGGCUCGGUUAUGUACUUCUGUGUCACUGAUAUGACGUUGGUGUCGAACCCCAUUACUUUGCAGCCUACAGGCUGGAUGUACAACUGCUCCCUUAUCCAGUUCCUAGAGCAGUUCGACAUCUCUGUGAAGAAUUCGGAGAAGUGCCAGCCGACCAUGAAACGCGUUGACAAGAUUAUUGACUAUCUUACCUACCAGAUUUACCGGUACAUGAAUCGUGGCCUCUUUGAGAGGGAUAAGAUGAUGUUCAAGUUGAUGGUGACUAUGAAGAUAAUGGUUGUCGCUGGUAGGCUCACUCAGGGCGAUGUUGGGCUCUUCUUGAAAGGUGGCUCGGACCUGGACGUGAAGUCAGAGAGAUCGAACCCCAAUCGAUGGAUGGUGGAUAAGGUCUGGCUCAACGUCCUGCAGCUAUCGCGGCACUCCUUUGGCAAGGAGCAGCUGCUGUUCUUCCGGGAGCUGCCUGAUUUCAUUAGUCGAAAUGAAGCCGCGUGGAGAGUGUGGUAUGACGAGAACGAGCCCGAGAGAUGCCCGGUGCCGGACUACGAGGAGCGGCUGAAUAUGGAUAGGAACAUUGGGUUCUUCCUUCGAAUGUGUCUUGUGAGAUGCAUCAGAGAGGACAGGACGACUAUCGCUGCUGCGCAGUUCAUCAAUAAACAGCUCGAUCCGAAGUACACGGCACCGGUCACAGAUAGUAUCGACUCGAUCUACUGUGAGUCCCAGAACCGUAAACCCGUGUUGUAUUUGUUGAGCGCUGGAAGUGAUCCCACAUCUAUGAUCGACGACAUAGCAAAGAAGAAAAAGAAAUUCCCGACGGAUAAGGUGUCCAUGGGUGAGGGACAAGAGGUUAUCGCUUGGGAGAAGAUGAAGAAUGGCUUCCUAGCUGGGACAUGGGUCAUCUUACAGAACUGUCACUUGGGUCUGGGCUUCAUGAAUCAGAUGGAAGAUAUCCUCACACGCACGCCGGAGAUUGCUGAGGAUUUCCGACUCUGGAUCACAUGUGAGAUCACCAACUUAUUCCCUAUUGGUUUGCUGCAAAUGGCGAUCAAAGUCACGCUCGAGCCACCAAUGGGGCUGCAAGCUGGCCUGUCUCGUACUUAUACGACGAUGGUCUCACAGGAGCUCCUAGACAAGAUUGAUCACGAGAAGUGGCGUUGCCUGGUCUAUGUGAUGUCCUUUAUGCACUCUGUAGUUCAGGAGAGGAGAAAGUUCGGCCCCAUAGGGUGGUGUGUGCCAUACGAGUUCAAUAAUUCGGACUUAGAGGCCAGUCUCCUGUUCUUGGAGAAACAUCUCUCUACCACGGUUAGUGUGGGUCAGCCUUUGAGUUGGACAACUACCCAGUAUAUGGUCGCUGAGGUACAGUAUGGUGGUAGGAUUACUGAUGACCUCGAUAGAGAGCUAUUCAAUACCUACGCAGCUAAGUGGUUCUGUGAUGAGGUCUUCCAGAAAACAUUCUCCUUCAAUAAUUACCCUAGUGAUCACGAGUACACUAUUCCUGAAGGUCUCGAAAUUCAGCAGUACCGCGAGCACAUUGACAAGGUCCCAGCGGUUGACUCGCCGCUCAUCUUCGGACUGCACACCAAUGCUGAUCUGACUUAUAGACAGUUGGAGGCUUCGAUGAUGCUCACUACUAUUCAGGAGACUCUGCCGAAGGAGGGUGGUGGAGGUUCUGGAAAGAGUCGCGAUGAAAUCGUGAAGGAUAAGGCCAACGAAGUGCUCUCCAAGGUUCCUCCUGAUUUUGUCGAGGAAAUCUUCAGGUCGCAGAUAACCAAACUGAAGGGGCCACCCAAUACUCCCGAUAAGGGAUUCGCAGCUCCGUUGAACAUUUUCCUGUUCCAGGAGCUCCAGAGGAUCCAAAGAGUGAUAGGCAUUGUUCGAAAUAAUCUGCAGUCAUUGGUCAUGGCUAUUGAGGGCACUGUCGUGAUGACACCGGAUCUGCUCGAGGACUUGAAUAUGAUAUUCGACGCACGUUUGCCGAGGAGGUGGACCCAUGACCCAUCAGGGGCGGAAAUAAGCUGGCUCAUGCCCACCCUGGGUGCAUGGUUCACGGGUUUAUUAGAUAGAGUGAAUCAGCUGGGCACAUGGCUCGAGAGUGGUAGAGGUGCUAUGAAGGGAUAUUGGCUCACGGGCUUCCUGAACGCCCAAGGGUUCCUCACUGGUAUGAGACAGGAAGUGACCCGACAGCACAAGAAGGACCAAUGGGCCCUGGAUGAUGUCGUUACCCAUACUGAGGUGCUCUCCUACGACCUGGAGAGAGUCAAGGAUGUCCCAGAUGAAGGUCAGAAUAUCUAUGGACUGUUCAUCGAAGGUGCACGGUGGAAUCGCCAAGACGGUCGAUUGGACGAGUCCGAACCCAAGAAGCUGUUUACGACUAUGCCAGCGAUCUAUGUGACAGCGGUGACUAUGAAGGAUAGGAAGGCAAGAGGUGGUGAGUAUGGUCCAUAUGGUCCAUAUGACUGCGCGGUAUACAAGUACCCUAAACGCAAUGAUCGGUAUUUGCUAUUCCGCUUGAACCUGAAGACUGAUGUGCAUCCGAGUCAUUGGAAGCUCCGAGGGGUGUGCUUGUUGUGUGCUACUGAAUAA